CAUAAAACCGCGCCUUUAAUGUACAGAAUGCUCGACAUUGCGAAAUCUCUGCAAUUUGAAACCCUAUACAUCCCUUUUCUUAUUUAAGACCAACCAUUUCAGGAAACUACAAAACAGUAAACCGCCUGUGAUUGAAUUCAUUUUCCCAAUUUUCACAAAGCGCAUCAUCCUGUUAUUGAGAUAAUAAGCAAAGGCAACCAUGAAGUCAUUCGAAUACUCGUGUGCGGUUGUCAGCAUUAUUUUUCCCAUCUUCGCUACAUUGAGUGUGAUAGCGAGGUUUUGUACCCGAGGAAAACUGAAGAAUGGUCGAGGUUUAGACGACUGGCUCAUUCUGCCCAGUCUGCUUUUCUAUUAUGCGUAUGCUGCAGAUGUUUUGAUUGGUACUUUCCUUCCUUUGUCUAAUAUUGAGCUUCCUCAGUAACAGUAUCUUAGGUAUCUUUGUUUACGCCGGCCUUGAAACGUUUCCAGACUUGCAAACCCAGUUUGACAGUCUUCAAGUCUAUCUCAAGGUAAAUAUUGCCGUCAAUAUCACGAGUUCCUGCUGACUUCCGUAGACAUUAUAUCUCCUACCGCCCUCCUACGGCAUUGCAAUGUCACUAGCCAAAUUCUCAAUCAUUGCUUUCUACCGUCGUGUUUUCAAUGUUGGAUCCUUCCCUCGAAUAUCCGCAUUUGUCGGCUUGGUAUGUGUAGCGUGAUUCAUAACCGGGGUGGUCGGAGGCCUUCUUUAUUGUAUUCCUAUGCGCAAGUUCUGGAAUCCGAGCGUUGAAGGCCACUGUUACAACUUCAAUACAUUAUUCCUUGCGUACUCGAUUGGCAGUCUUUUCCUGGACGUUGCGAUCCUCGCUCUUCCAACCAAAAUGGUUUUUGGAUUGCAUUUGCCGAUGAAUUAAAAGGUGGCGCUUGGUGGAAUAUUCCUUUUGGGCGGGUUGUAAGUAUUGUUCCAAGGAACCAUACGUGUAAUGAUGCUAAAUGAAAUAGUGUUAUCGUGACAGAAAUCAUUCGUAUUUCAGUUACCUACAAGCCAGGCCGAGCAUUGAGUAAGGUUUUCCGUUCCAAGUUUGGUAUACCUGCUUACUUGAACAUAGUUUCGUUUACUGGAGGUUCACUUUGGACGUCUGUUCAGAUAGGUGUAGGGAUUAUCUGUCCUUGUCUUCCAACAUACCCUGCUUUUUGGGUCCCAAUUAAAAAGCUGUUGAAUUCCAUCCAGAACAUUUACACAACCUUCCGUCAGAGCAGUUCCGCAUCUCGCGAGGCAACAAAAAAGUCGAAUACUCCGGAAUGUGGCAAUGGGAUACCGGGAACCAACUCCUAUUACAAACGAAUGGACAAUUCUAAUGGAGAUCAUAUCCAUUUAACAGAGGUUACGAGCCCGGACUUCGGAACCAACAGCCACCCAAAAGACGGGCGUGUUUCUCAUGGAAUCAAUGUUAAAAGAGAUGUCUACGUAGUCUAAGAUUCUGGAAUUCUGGAAAUGUGGGAUGGGGAACGAAUAAUUUAAGAUUACAUUAUCAGAAAUAAAAUUCUCCCUUUUGCAAAAAUGACUUAAAACUUUUAUCAACGUGGCUAAGAAAGUCGUUGUUAUACCUCCUUUGUGUCAGGUGUAGAGUAAUCCGUGCCCCCACGUUCUGCCGGCCACCCUAUAAAGCAUCAUAAUUUCUUGUCAUCUUUACAAUAGAGAACUCAUUCAAUUCUACUCUUCCACAGCCCACACUUUAUAAAUUUGAUUUAUCAUCAUGGAUUUGGGAAUCGAAGGAUGAUAUCGGAAACCUUCUGGUCGUGAUACGCGAGUCUGUCCGCGAAGCUUCUCAAACAACCACCAUCUCGCAGCAGCAAAUAGGGUCUCUUAAAAGUCCGGCCUCCAAGGGAAAGAUAUGGGUAGCCAAAUCUUCCUUGCUUCCGUCACCAGAAGAUCAAGCCCGUCAGUCAUUGUUGGGGGUGAUCGAUAAGUUCAACGAGCAGAAUGUGCCCUACUUUCGACCAUUGAGUACAAAAAUAGAUCUUGAGUGGGUUGGGUUCCGGAAAGGUGUUGUAAAAGAUACACCGGAGCCAAAGAUUUCAGAGAAGGAGAAGUAUCGUGGCCUGUUGGAGGAUUCUCCCGGCCCAGGUGUCGUGAUGAUUCUCUAUGGCGGUGCAUUCUAGUUGGUCACCCUAUCAGACCUAAGCCCACGAAUGUGUAGCUAAUAGAUUGGAAGUAUGAAUACUCAAGCGAGCUACAGAAAAAUCGCAGCACAGCUUUCUGAGACAACCGGACUACCAUGUGUGACUGUUCACCAGCGCCUAUCGCCACAAAAUUCAUUUCCCACGGCUCUCCUCGAUGUAUUCAAUGGCUAUAUGGCGUUGCUCUCACCCCCUCCGGGGUCUCCUCAUGACCGUAUUACUUGCAUGUGUCCACCUUUUCAGCCUUGCUUUUCCUUCUUGCCUAAUGUGGUUACCGGUGAUAUGUCUGCAUGUCCGUUUCCAAACAUUACCCCUGGAAGUAAUCCUUCAAUGUCUUCCCCGCAGUCAGCGCGCAUGGCAUAUUGA